AAAGAUGCUGAAAGCAGCAGCAGAGCUGCAGCGUUCCCCGUUCCUCUGCUUCUCUAAGAACCUCCCAGUUCCUGUCAGGCAGCCACUUAGAAACUAAAACACCAGCUGUCUCCAUGUGAUGACCCAGAGUCCACCUGCUGAGGGAUGGCUUUGUGGGCGGGGCCUGUGUGUGUGGGCGGGGCCUCACAGUGACCUUUGUCACAUCAGUGAGCUCCUCUUCAGACUGCUGCAGCUGCUGACUGGAAGCCGAGAGACUCUUAAACAAAGACCGCCGGCCUGUUUGCACUCCUCCUCUGAGUUCUCAGACAUCCAGAGACGGUCUUCCUCCAUCAGAGCCUCCCCACUGCGGCUCCACGGUGGUCCCUGCAGACAUGGACAGCUCGCCCAGGCGGUGGGUCCUGAAGCCCCUGUCGCCCCUGCUGCAGCCCUCAGACCUGCGGACCAUGGCUGGUCCUGCUCCUGGCCUGGACCGCUGGGACUCUGGCUCCCUGGUGGUCUUACAGGAGAACGGCGGCAGCCUGAAUGGCCUGAUGGAAGUCCAGCAUGUCACCGUGAUGGAGGACGGGGACAGUGAGGACUGGCAUCCCAGCAGCCCCUGCAGCAGCUCUGGUUCUCAGAGCGGCUUCUACUCUUUCGUGGAGGAUCCCACGAGUCCUGAAGCCGAGCUGAACGAAGCCUGGAUGGUGUCACCACAGCGGCAGGCUCAACUGGCCGUCCUGAAGAAAGAGAGAGGAUUCAAACUACAGACCUACAGCAGCAACAAGAAGCCAGAGAGUCUGUUUUCUGAGAGCAAUGGAGACUCCCUGUAUAGAGCGGAUCCCAACAAUGGCAUGACGCUGAUGGAUGAGGAUGAGGAGAAGCAGUUUCGUAAGAUGAUCAUCCACAGCCAAGCUCCUAAGAGGAGCCAGACAGAAGCUCAAACCCACGGGGGGGCUGUGGAGCCCAAGCUUUCCACAGACAGACUGAUAGAGGGGCUGAGUUUGAGAUUCAGCCCUGCAGCAGCAGCAGCAGCAGCAGAUCCUCCCCCUGCAGAGCCAGGGACCGUCGUUAAGGAGCAGAUCGACUUUGGAGCCGCCCGACAGAAGUUCCUUCAGAUGGAGCAGGACCACCGGGCCGUGAUGCUCAGCCCGGGCCGCUCGCCCACAGCAAAGCUGAACCUGACCGCAGAGCUGGACGCUGAUGUUUACGUGUCGAGAAAGGUGAAGAUCUUUGGUACCACCAAUGCAACGGAUGACACGCCUCUUAAACCAGCAGAGAAGGACGAGGAGGCUUUUCACAGGAAGGUGACGGUGUUCCAGUCUGAGGGAAGGCUGAGCAGGGAGAGUAGUGUCUUUGAUAACCUGGACUCUGACCACGACAGUCUGUCACAUGAAGGGGUUGGAGGCUACACGAGCAACGACAGCCAGCUAGAGGAACCUCACCAGGACGACUGGAGCAAGCCCAGGGUGUUCCAGGAAACACCCAUAGAAAGGGAGAUCCGAUUAACUCAGGAACGUGAAGAGGAACUGCGGCGGUCUCGAGGCCUGAAGCACAGCGUUGGUCGAGAAGAGAUGGUCAGAAUCAAAACCAGCAGCUCACGGCUGUCUCUGACAUCUGACAGAACCUUUGAGAAAAAUCCAGUGAGCUUCAUCAUCCACAGCAAGAUCCAAAAGGAGGAGGACCCUCAGGAACCAGAGAGGAGAGGUGCUCCACCACAACCUGACCCCCAAGAUGAGAAGAGGAGGACUGGGGACAGGCUGGAGUCUGAUUCUGGAGCAGACGACGUGUUCCUAUCUCCAUGCUGUCCUCACCGACAUCCUGAGGAGUCCUGCUUCUCCCAACCACCUCCGGCCACCUCCUCCUUCUCCUCACUCACUGCAAGAGACUCUAAGGAGAGAAGACAGACAGCUUCCUCCUCCACCCCUCCCGUCUCUGUGACACCAACCACUCUGCAUGGACCUCAGGGCUGGAGGAAGAGCCUGGCCUCCACCGGUCUGCAGUCCAGAGGGCAAGGGACUCCAGAUUUCAUUGAGAAGGAGAUUGAAGAGAGUCUGAAGCGAGAACUGGAGCUGAGAGAGCUGAGGGAGUCCAUGAAGAAAAUCAGGCAAACCAUCUUCUCUCCAGCUCCUCUGGUGGAGCAGGCUUCCAAGAUGGCCGUCAAGCAGUUCUACCCUCCAGUGAAAACAGAGACACCCGUCAGUCUGUCCUCGUCCUCUCCUCGUCUCAGCGUCCGUCCGCCCUCCGUGUCCUUCAUCACCGCUAAGCCUUGGACCUCCUUGCCUCCCCCCGCCCCCUCCUCUCCGGUGGUGGUCCAGACGGUUCCUCUGAGUCCUCGAGGUUUGACGGAGACUCUGCUGCAGGACUUUGAGGAACGUCGAGCCAAGCUGAAGCUGGAAGACAGCGCUUACGCAGGGAUCCAGCCCGUCGAUGACAUCAACAAUCAGGUGGUGGAGUCGACUCGAGUCGCUCGUCAUAAGAACCAGCGAGCUCUGCUGUGGGAGGCAGGACUGUUCGCCAACCAGGACAGCCAGUGAGACCAGGACCAGAUGCAGGACCAGAUCUGGUUCAGGACUGAGUGUGGAUAAAUCCUGACAGGGUGAUGGAUUUUCAGAGAGACUCGUGAACAGAACCGGCCGCAGCUGACAGAGCCUGACAUGCCCAGAAAACACGACUAGUUGCUUUUAAUAGAACCUCAGAGUGAAGCAGCAGUUUGAUCUUGAUACUUUUAAUUUGAAAGGCUAAGCAGGACGUUAGCUGUUUAUGAUUAAAGUUGAUGCAGCAAAAUAAAUCAGACUAAAAUCACUUAAUGUGGUCAGAGUUCUGCUGCUGGUCUGGUGGCUUCAGGCCUUUAAAGCAGCUUCACUCUGUAGAUUAGCUCUUCAUCAAGAAUCACAAAUCUUUAUUGUCAUUAAGUCACCCUGAUGACACCGACUCAGAGUUCACACAGAUUCACACAGACACGACAGACUCAAUCUGCAAACAGCUUAAUGCACCACAACUCUUCCUGAGAAGCUGAAAGGGUGGAAAUAGUCCUUAAAAUCCGAUAAGAUUUAAAUGUUUGAGUCAAAAAAGACAGACAGCAGUCACUUUACAGAACGAUGUAAAUUACUGUGCAUGAAUGUAUCAGACAAAAUAAAAGUCUGAAAACUGGGCAAAUAAUCUUUAGCAUGUGAGCAACGGUUUGAUAAUUGUCAGUGGGAUCAACAACGCUCUGUAAUGCUGCAUUCUUUUUGGCUCCAGUGGUCAGAAAUUUUAACCUGACCCUAAGGUCAGAAUUAUGAGCAGGAAAGUCAGGAGGCGGCCCGACUUUCACAUUCAUGGUGGCUGCUACUCGCAGCAACAUGGAGUAAAACUUGAUACUUUAGCAGCUCUCUGAAGGUGCUGCAUUUCAGUGUUCAUCAGACAGGAUGUUCAGCUCCGUUUACAAUCACAAAAUACCGCCUAGAACAACUUUAUUGUUUUAACAACAGUAGCCACAGUGGCUUAAUGAACAAUGAAAAAUCUCUACCUAUUGAUUUAAUUCAAUUCAGUUCAGUUUUAUGUUUAUAGCAUCAAAUCACAUCACAUCAUCAUCAAGGUUCUUUCCAAAGUCAGCUUCCAUCAGAUCCUCCA